UGUUAUUUUGUUUCGAAUCCGAACGAAAACACGAUAUGAAAAUACUUAAAAUGCAUUACACAUACAGAGUUCUAGAUUGCAUACCCAUAUUGCAAUCGAUAAACUUUUCUAAGGCGCAGUUGCAUUUCAGCGUUUCGACGAGCUAGUGGCAAAACGAAUCUCUCACACACAGUGUGUAGCUGUUGAAUUUUCUUUUGUUGGUUUGAAAAUUUUCAUUGAAAAUAUAGCACCCACUUUUGUGAUAUAAUUUUGUCACCAUCUAUAUACUAACAUCUACGAUUCUACAUGUAUAACACACAAGUGUAUAAUAUAUAAAAAUUUUCGUUUUGUAAAUAAAUUUUAUUUGAAAUUGAUUUUCUCGUCAGUUUAGCGUAGUGAAUGUUUAGUUAAUGAGUUUUGUGCUGUGCGUGAUAUUAGAUAUAAAUUUUCAUUGGGAAUUUAUAAUUCAAGUGAAUUAAUAUUUUACACUGUGAACUUUAGAUAUAUUCAAGUUUUGUUCAAAGACUAAAACAAACAUGUACGUUCUAAUGAUGAAAAUGAUGAAAACUAUUUGAACGAACAAACCAACGAAUAUAUAGAUAAAUUAUAGUUAUUGUGCAUUAAAAAACAAACAAAAAAAAACAAUAUGGAUACGAAGAUUAAGCCUAAAAACAUCGAGUUUAAGCAGCUAACAUACACAGUUCCAGUCAAAAAUGACACCCGAGACAUUCUCAAAUCUGUAUCUGGAGAAUUUAAAUCCGGUGAGAUAACUGCAAUCAUGGGACCAUCGGGUGCUGGCAAGUCCACUCUGUUAAACAUUUUAACAGGUUUUAUACAAACUGGUGUCUGUGGACAGGUAAAAAUGAACAAUGUUAAUGUGUCUGACAAGAAGUAUAGAAGGCAAUGCUGCUAUAUAUUACAAGAAGACAAUUUAUAUCCAACAUUUACUGUUCAGGAAACAAUGAUUCUUUCAGCUUCACUAAAAAUUAGUGGCAUUAGUACUGAGGAAAAGAAACAGAUAGUGGACAAUGUACUGAAUACUCUACAAUUAACACAUACCAAAAGUACGAAAUGUGGUCACUUAUCCGGUGGUCAAAAGAAGCGUCUAUCAAUUGCACUGGAGCUGUUAGGCAAUCCUCCAGUGUUAUUUUUGGACGAGCCAACAACCGGCCUAGACAGUCUAUCAUCAACAAACUGUAUUCGACUGCUACAUCAUUUAUCUCGUGAAGGACGCACAAUAGUAUUCACAAUACAUCAACCUGCCGCAUCAAUAUUUGAAACUUUUGAUCACAUUUAUGUGUUAGCUGAAGGAAAUUGUGUGUAUCAAGGUACGGCGAACAAUACAGUGCCGUAUUUAAGUUCAAUUGGCUUGAACUGUCCGCAGUACCAUAAUCCAGCUGAUUUUCUCCUGGAAGUGGCCAACAAAGAGUACGGAGAUUUUGGUCCAGAUCUAACACAGGCAGCCAAGGACGAACGCUGGCGAUUCAAUUCGAAUUUUAUAACCGAUCAACUAAACACGUCGUUUGACCAUUUUCAAAUUGAAGGAGAAAAAACAGCUGUCUAUCGAAAUAAUUCAAAUGAUAGCAAGGAGCUUCAUGUUGCCCCGUCAGAGUGGACAAAAUUUGUGCUGUUGUUAGGUCGUUGUCAAAUUCACUAUUAUAGAGACUGGACUGUUACACACUUAAAAAUAUUGCUUCACAUCUGCACUGCCCUUUUGGUAGGACUUAUGUAUGGCGACUCAGGUAUAAAUGCUACGAAGUCUGUUGCGAAUGUUGGAUUAUUUCUAAUUGGUGUAUGUUAUCUCUGGUAUACGUCCAUAAUGCCUAGCAUCUUGAAAUUUCCGUCAGAGGUUGAUAUUCUCAAAAAGGAGACUUUCAACAAUUGGUAUCCGCUGAGGACAUAUUUCUGUGCAAAUAUGAUAAUUAGCACUCCGAUACACAUUGUCAUGUCGACGCUGUUUGCAGCGAUCGUAUUCUUCAUGACCGAACAAUUGUUUGAAGUGGAUCGAUUUUUGAAAUUUACAUUGAUCUACAUUUUAACAACGAUCGUUGCCGAUGGCUUUGGUUUGAUUCUUGGUUCUGUGUUCACUCCUGUGAAUGGGGUAUUUGUCGGCGCUACAUCAUCAGCGUUUAUUCUGGCCUUUAGUGGAUUCAUUGCACUCCACAGUCAUAUAUCGAAACCAAUGAGACUUCUAUCGAAUAUGUCAUCAAUGAGCUAUAUGCUGGAAGCAAUUGUUCUGUCGUUGUACGAUAAUAACAGAGCAGACCUUAUAUGUCCCGAUACGGAAAUGUAUUGCCAUUACAAGAGUCCUAAACUGAUUCUAGACGAACUGGGAAUGACGGCGACGAAUUUCGAGUUUGACGUCGGCAUGAUCGUAGCUCAAAUGGUUGUGCUGAAGGGACUGGCAUAUUUAUUACUUCAGAGACGACUCAAAAAAAGCUGAAUGUGCUAAUAUAUUACUUUCUCAUGAGCGCGGCGAGCAUUCAAUAUACAAAACAAUUUAAUGUAAAUAAUGAAAGUCUCAAAAGGUGUUUCCUACUCCACUUUUUCCCAAAAAUGAGAAUGGACAACAGCAAAAAAUUGUCUAUAAGCUGAGAUCUAACACAAUUCAAGUCCACAAUCCAGCCUAAAAUUCACAGUCAAAAAAAAGGAUCUGGCUCCUCAAUAUUUAUAUGUUUAGCGUUAGUUUACACGUUAGGAAACUUGGAAAUGAUUGUACAUAAUAAGUAACUGGUUGAACUCUAAUGUGAUAUAGAUAGUAAGAGUGUGGUUAUAGUUCUUUUGAGAAAUAAAUAAUUGUGUUGGUUUGAACCACAGACAUA